GUUGCUAAACACUCAAAUCAGUGUUGCUUGCUGUUUAUGAUCAGAGGGGAAUAGAAAAGUACUUUUGAAGUUCAAAAUGCCGCACAAACGCAAGUCUCGAGUUAAUAUGAACCAAAGGAACUCAGCCAAUCGGCGACUUCAAUCGGCACACCAGUCAUCAGCACCGCCGAAUGUCCACGUUAAACCCUGUAACGGCCGAGAGGGAGAGAUGUCGGCGCCGGGCAGUCCCAAAGCAAAAAGUGGCGGACAGACGUACCGGCGAGAAAAUCCAGUGCACAAGUUUUCCGAGCCACAGUACAACACCACCGUACGCAAACAAAAUGAGGUCCAUAUCAUAUCCGCCAUUAAGCUGGACACUAAUUUUCAUCCUGAUGAUUUGGCAGCCAUGGCACCAAAGGUCACCCAGAAGAUGAACUUUCCGCCCGACCAAACAGUUUUUAAAAAUCUGGUGCCCCUGAAUGUCAACGAUUCCGUGCUAUUGCCAAACAAGAUCAAGGCGGAUGUAUCGAAGGAAAAGCCGGUUAAAGAAACUGACCCAACCAAGGCUAAAAGCGAGCCCCAAUUGGCAGAUUAUGCCGAGAAAGUGGAACCAGUUGAGAUGGACAUUCCAGAACCACAGCUUCGUUUUGAUUGUACACAAGAGCCUUUUGAUUUUAUGGGCGCAUACAGGAAGAUCUAUUAUUAGUUAUUUUAUUCAUAAAUAUAUCCGAGUCUCAUAGCUUUUUAACCAAUAAAGUUCAUAACCACCA